AGACUGGCCAAGGCAGACCUGUUACACUUGCCUGAGUUAGGCAUUGUUUGCCAUGCCACUAAACCUGCCGUCAAGUGAAACCUUCAUUGGGGAAAUGAGAUCGAAGUCUGAACCGCGGAAGAUGGACGCCCUGUCUCUGUUUUUUAUUGUUUUACUUUAAUUUCAUUUCUUUCUCUUUAUUUUGUCCCCUUUUUUUGUUUUUGUUUUUGUUUUGUUAAAUCUCUUUCACUUUAACUUGUGAGCUGGUUUUCCAGUUUUUUGUAAAUGGUAUUCCAUUAAGGGUUCAUAACAUGUUUCAAAUUAUAUUGGGAGAUGAUUAGCAGAGCUCAACGUUAAGAUAGAUUAAAUUUUCAUACAAUAAAUUAGGAUACAGUGAUGUGAAGCUCUUUGUGAGUUUUAAUUGGUGUUUAUGCAUGAUUAGGGACAUAUUGUUCUUGAAACAUUACAACACUGGUAAUAAUCUUAGGAACACUUUCUGAUCUCAAAGAAACAUUUUGUAGUUUUUUUCCAAGUCUACAUCUCUCAUAAAAACCAACUGAAAACUUCUGAUUUUUAUCCUUCCCCCAGGAAUUUUAGGCAAGCAAAAUCAUUGAGGAAAACAAGUAAAUUUGUUACUUAAUCUGGGAGUAAGAGAGAAGAGCCUUUCACUUUCGUGAUGGUUAUUCAUCAUGGAACUUAUUUCCUUAAGAAGGUUUUGUUGCCCAUGUGGGGAGUGGAUAUUUGAGAAACUGUUGAUUAUUUAUUUGUGUGUGUGUGUGUAUUUGUUUGCUUGAAUUUUUUUGUUGAAAGUUCUUUAAAGAUUAUCAGCCUCUAAAUGGAUUUUUGAGAUUAGGACUAAUACUUUAAUACUGUGAGAGAUGUUGUUUUCCUCUCAGUUGUUUUUGAGGAGUGCAGUUUGGGGAAAAUGCUAAUUCCUUAUUUCAUACUUUUAUACACUGAUAGCAUUUGUUGGAUAGAUUUGAUCUUGUAAGUUAAACAGUGGAACUUUUGCUUAACAUACCUCAAAUGGUAAUUAGAAUAAGAAACAUUGUUGUGCUUACAGUUACAGAUUUAUAGUAGUUGAUUACUCUCCGAAAGGCAGUGAGAGUCUGACAAUCUACUGAUAACUUUUAUUUAAGCCAGAAAUGAAAGAUUUCAUAAUACUAAAUAAUUAACUUUUGGCUUAUAUUGAAUACCCCCUUUAUUUGUGUGUUCUUUCUAGACUGCCUUCAGUGGAUAGAUGUGCUUAUGACAAGUAAUAUUAAAUUUGGAAUAUUACUAGAUUGGAACUCUUUUUUAUUUUAGGGGCAUGCAUUAGAGUAGUGAAGCAUAGGGGUUUUACCUCAGGACUGCAGUUAAUUUAUCAAAAGUGUUCAAGGUUUCACAAACAUGAAAAAAAAAACCUGAUGUAUAACAGAUAAAAUGAGUGUUAUAUCAACAUAAGUAGUAUAGUUCAUAUGUGGGUAUACAUAAAUACAUAUGUUAAUACUAAUAACUAAUACAUAUAAACUAGAUUAUUGUUAUUUGAUGUUUUCAAUAAGACCUACGUUUUAUCUUUAUGCAUGUUAAGAAAUCUGUUGUGAAUUUACAUAUUAAUAGAAAUGAUAAAAUAACUUUGUUUCUGAAAUUAGUAAAUUAAAGUAAUACAAAUUUAGAUGCCGCAAAUUAGAAAAUAGUAGGCUUUUGAUAAAGCUAAUAUAAAAUUUAAUUUUUAUUCUGUUCCUAUAAAGCAUAGCCGUUAUUUAAAGCAAGUUUUAAAUUUCAUCUUGAAUUUAUCUAUAUUUAGAGAUAUAUCAGAUAAUAAUUGUUGAGAGAGUUAUUGCUGUACAUAUGGUUGUCUUAAAAAUAUAAUUUUUACCACCGAAACUGGGCAUGGUGCUUUUGAAAAUUUGCUGCAUAUGCUGUAUUUGAGUUUAGUGUAAUUUAGUACACUGUGUUUUAAAACACUUGAAGAAUUCAUAAAGGAAAUGCAGAGCCAAUUUAGUUCUAAAUGUAUCCACAUGUGAAUUAUUUAAGAAAGUUUUUUCUUUUGGGGGGGCAAGAGGGUAAAGAACAAUGUGUGGAAUCCUUAUUGAAAUUAAUUGGUUAGAAUUCACUAAUUAAAUAUGGUAGAUGAGACUUAUUUCAGGGUAAUUUUUUUUCAGGUUAUGGGGAUUUUUUUCUUAGUGUCUAAAAUUAUUUUGGUGUUCCUGGUUUUACGCUAGCUACUAGGCAAUUGUUUAUAGGCAAGGCAUUUUAGACAUUAAUUUCCUCUCUUCAGAUAAGUAUGCAUAAAUUAGUUGUAAGAGUUAAUUUAAGUUUUCUGGGAUUAGGGAACAUUUUUUGUUGGUUACUCUAAAAUUUUUUUUAGCAAUUUCCCAAGGCAUAUUAUUUAGAACUGAAUUCUUUUAGGCACAUCUGUGAGGUUGGUGAGAUGCCUUAUUAAACUGAAAGGAUGUAGCCUUUUUAAUUGAAGCUGAUUACAAGAAGUAGGAUUUUGUUUUCUUCUAUUUGAAAUUGAAUGAAAUCUGUUGGAGGGUUAUCAAAAUUGUUUGCAUCACAAGAAGGUAGUUUCAGUAACAGGAUAGGGGCACUCAUUAAGGAACAAAUUUCAAUUCGCACAUAUUUGUUUUUUCUUUUUCUUUUUUUGACUAAUUUGGUUAUUUGCCAUUUCUGGGGAUUAAACUUUAAAAAAUGUUCUUCUUUUCUGUAUCUGAUGUUCUGUGUGCUAUUAGUGAUGCAGCCAACACGAACGGUUGUCAUGUGUAACACAACUUUCGAUCACCGCGAAAACACCGUCCUGGGAAAGCGUCCAUGCUUGAUAUCGUUUGGUUCAUGAACAUUAAGUUUCCAGUACAGGUAAAAUCCCAGAGGAAUCUAAAGCCCUUUCUUUAUUGGCUCCUGCUCCAACCAUGACAAGUCUGAUGCCUGGUGCAGGAUUGCUUCCCAUACCAACGCCAAAUCCCUUGACUACACUUGGUGUUUCACUUAGCAGUUUGGGAGCUAUACCAGCAGCAGCAUUAGACCCCAACAUUACAACACUUGGGGAGAUACCACAGCCACCACUUAUGGGAAAUGUGGAUCCUUCCAAGAUUGAUGAAAUUAGGAGAACAGUCUAUGUUGGAAAUUUGAAUUCCCAGACAACGACAGCUGAUCAACUACUUGAAUUUUUUAAACAAGUUGGGGAAGUGAAGUUUGUGCGAAUGGCAGGUGAUGAGACUCAGCCAACUCGGUUUGCUUUUGUGGAAUUUGCAGACCAAAAUUCUGUCCCAAGGGCCCUUGCUUUUAAUGGAGUUAUGUUUGGAGACAGGCCACUGAAAAUAAAUCACUCCAACAAUGCAAUAGUAAAACCCCCUGAGAUGACACCUCAGGCUGCAGCUAAGGAAUUAGAAGAAGUAAUGAAGCGAGUACGAGAGGCUCAGUCAUUUAUCUCAGCAGCUAUUGAACCAGAGUCUGGAAAGAGCAAUGAAAGAAAAGGCGGUCGAUCUCGUUCCCACUCUCGCUCAAAAUCCAGGUCUAGCUCAAAAUCCCAUUCUAGAAGGAAAAGAUCACAGUCAAAACACAGGAGUAGAUCCCAUAAUAGAUCACGUUCAAGACAAAAAGACAGACGUAGAUCUAGGAGCCCACAUAAAAAGCGUUCUAAAUCAAGGGAAAGACGAAAAUCAAGGAGUCGUUCACACUCAAGGGACAAGAGAAAAGACACUCGAGAAAAGGUCAAGGAAAGAGUGAAAGAGAAAGAUAGAGAAAAGGAAAGAGACAAAGAGAGAGAGAGGGAAAAGGAGCGUGAAAAAGAAAAGGAACGGGGUAAAAACAAAGAUAAAGACCGGGAUAAAGAACGGGAAAAAGACAAGGAAAAGGACAGAGAGAAAGAGCGAGAAAAAGAGCAAGAAAAGGAGCGUGACAAAGAGAAGGAAAAGGAACAGGACAAAGAAAAGGAACGAGAAAAGGACAGGUCCAAAGAGAUAGAUGAAAAAAGAAAGAAGGAUAAAAAAUCCAGAACACCACCCAGAAGUUAUAAUGCAUCAAGAAGAUCUCGUAGUUCCAGCAGGGAAAGGCGAAGGAGGAGGAGCAGGAGUUGUUCCAGAUCACCAAGAACAUCCAAAACCAUAAAGAGGAAAUCUUCUAGAUCUCCAUCCCCUAGGAGCAGAAAUAAGAAGGAUAAAAAGAGAGAAAAAGAAAGGGACCACAACAGUGAAAGAAGAGAAAGAGAACGUUCAGCCUCUACAAGGAAGAGUUCUAAUGACAGAGAUGGGAAAGAGAAGUUGGAGAAGAACAGUACUUCACUUAAAGAGAAGGAGCACAAUAAAGAACCAGAUUCAAGCCUGAGCAAAGAAGUAGAUGACAAGGAUGCACCAAGGACUGAGGAAAUCAAAGUGCAGCAAAAUGGGAAUUGUCAGCCAAAUGAAGAAAACCUCUCUACCAAAACAGAAGCAGUAUAGGACCAACAAACGCACCUUUACACUCAGUGCUGGAAUAAAAUCCAAAGCUUUUAAUUCUCUCAACAAGAUGUAAACAGAGAAGAAAUCUAGUUGAGCAUAAAGAUAGGAUCUAACAGCUUUGCCAGUUGUUAGGUGACUUUGUGGCCAUCUUGUUGCUGAGUAAGAAAAUAAAGCAUGGACAUCAUGAAAACAACAGAUGUUACCCAAACUCAUCUUCUAAAAUCUGUGCAUUUCCAUGGUGGCUGACACAGUUGUCAUGUGGUUUGUUAGUGUUUGCCAAGAACCAUUGCAAAUAAAUUGAACAUCAAAGAUCUAAAUUUGUUCCAUCCCUAAGGACUGGAGAUAAGCAUUGGAGGCUCUUAAAAAAUGGUAGUUACUGAAUUUUGUAUUGUUUUACUGUUUCUUUUUUUAUUUCAGUAUAUACAGUUUGAUGAUGUGCUUGAAAUUGGUGCAGAUAUAUACACACCCUUGUAAGUGCAAAGUAUGUAAGAAGUUUUAACAUUUACUUCACAAGAUUUACAGAGAUGUGUUAAAUUCUCACUAUUGUGUUUUCUUUUGCUCACUGUUUAGGACAACGGUUUUCUUUAAAAUAGUUUUGCAGAUUAAAAUUGCUUAAAUAAGUGAAUUAAAAAAACCAGUUGACAAUGCAUGCUACUGUUCUUUUACAAAAGGAAGAACAACUGUGUUGAAUACUAAUAAUAAUGUAUUAGUAUUCAGUAUUUAGAAUUGUUGGGUCUACCCACAAAGUGAGCAUUUAUUUUUGAACUUUCUUGACAUUUCCAAGCUUCUUAUGAAUAAUAUUGCAGUGUGUCUUGUCAGCUGUAGGUGGCAAAGGUGCCCUUUUAAAAAGGAAUCUAGGUUUUCAAAAUGGGCUAUGGGAGCACAAGCUGAAGCUUUAGUGCCUUCUACAAUGUGGUAUACUGUUUUCUAGAAUUUUAUAUGUGCUAGUCAUUCUCAAUCAUAUGGAAUCUAGAUGGAUAUUUCAUUCAUACCCAUUACAGAAGUGUGCAAGUGGUAUGUCAGAAGAGCUUCUUACUUAUUUCGCCUAAUGUGAGAAGGAAGUCCUAUUUUCAAGAAUGACUAUUUAGAGUCAUACAGUUUUGGGACCAUCACUUUUAUACUGUGAUAAUUGAAAAUGAAACAUAUUGUUAUUUUCCUUAAAUCAGAGGAAACACUUUAGUUGUCUAUAUUGGAUGGCCUUAAUUAUUACCUCUCAAUUGUCUUUGCAUAAAUAAUGUGCAGAAAUUAUACUUAAAGGGAGGGUAGGACUAUAUGGGCAGUUUUUUAUGUUUAAAGAUAUAUUUACUUGAGUUUAAGAUAUAGGUCAUCCUUCAUUCUUAGGUUCACAUUUUGCAGAAAGUAUGCAAAUAAUAAAAUGACAACGUUGCUGUUGUUCCCCAAAACUAUAACUUGUAGUUUCUGAACUCUUCAUUAUGGUUGUAUUUUCCAAAAAGUAAUCUUUUAAUUAGCAUGUUACUAAAAAAUCAAGUAUAAUUAUUUUAAUGCAGUCUAAUACAAUCAAAUUACUCAGUUGCCUUACCUCAUGGGAAGAGUUACUUUUAUAAAUUUAAAAAACUGGUAGCACAUUAGUUACUUGGUUUCCACUUGAGUUUUCUUUUAAUAUUAGUACUAUUGAAACCUAAGUAUUUGGUGGAGAAUGGAAAGAGUUACCCUUAUUGCAAGUAAUGAAGCCUGGUUUGAUUAUGAAGCUGCUUAAUCACUCUUCAUGUGUUCAAAAUUACUGUGUUUUUUGUUUUUUCCUUUUUGUCACUGUGUACAUUAAAAUUUUGGAAAAUGCUUUACUAUGUAAAGUAUAGAUGGUCAUUUUAAUCAUUCAGCCACAUAUGGUUGGCUGGUAAACAGCUUAUUCUGAUAUAAGAAUGCUUGGGUACAAAUGGAAAGAUUGUGAAAGAGUGUGUGUCUUACACCAACAGCUAUUUUAUUUAUGAUAUGUAAGUAGCAUAGAGCAAAUGUUUGAAUCUUUGUUAUUUUUAGUACUAUUUCUCUAAUAAAGCUAAGUAUUUGAG